AUGGGAAGCCAAAUAUAAAAGUCUCAUAUAAGAAUUAUCGAACAUCCAUCUUAUAAGUUACAAAGACCUUAGGCAAAGGCAGUUUUUAUAGAAGUAAGAGUAAAUGAUCCUGGUACACCUAUUAAUUAUUCUUUAAUUGAGUCUGAUAACUUUUUUAUUGAUCAUAACAUGAUAGGUUGCUAAGAUAAGUACCAAACCAUAGUAAAUACUUAAAAAUUAGAAGAAAAAAAAAAAACUUAUGAAUCAAAUAAUUUUCAUAUCCAACCACUUAAGGGUAUCUUAAAAAAGGAAACCAGCAUUUCUAAAUCUCCUUUUUUUAACGAAGAAGCUAAAUUUGUUAAAUUUCAAAUUAACCCUCAAUAUUUUUCAUCUAAUAAACCCAGAGUUAUUAAUAAGAUUAAAACCACCAGAAAAUCAAGAAUAUUAACUCUAUUAUGA